AUGUGCUCUAGCAACAAACGUUUUUAUAUCCGUUCAUUACAGUUCGAUCUCGAUGACGCGCUACAUCCGUUCGUUCGCAAAGAAAGUCCGGAAACGGAAGGUACUGGCGUUCCAAUUCCCAAAACUCGUCGUAGUCUUAGCCAACCGGCUCUGCGUCAUGGUAACCCAGUUGAUAGUUCCUCUCCGACCAAAACUCCCCCUUCACGACAGCUUUGUGGCAGACGACUUACCGAGCACCCCACUUCUAGAACUCCACGAACACCCAGCGCGCCUCGAUUACGCCAGCGGGAAUCGCCAUUAAAACAGACGAAUCACAAGAAUAAAUUGUCUCACGGGAAACCCGGCCCUCUGGUGAUCAUUCUUCCACAAGUCGAAUCGAUCCCCACCGCGAUACUCCAAGAGUUUAUCGAACUCACUUCAAUUUAUGUCUCAGAAGAGAACAAACUGAGACCACAUACUUUACCAUUGAUACUUGUACUCGGUUUGUGCACAUCGCCAGAAAUCAGUUUCGAAUCCCGUCUAAGCGCCUCCACUUUGGCGCGCCUACGGAUUCAACAGUUUACCGUACCGCCACCGACUAAGUUCCUGGAAACUGUGCUGACUGAGUUGAUUGAUUUCCCCGGAUUCCGUCUGACCUAUGCGAUCCAGAUGUUUCUCAUCGAUUCCAUUUUCCUGUGUUUGGAUUUCUCCGUGCAAAAUUUUAUACGUCGGUUCAAAUUCUGCAUGCUGGACUUCUAUUUGCAUUGUCAGCAUCCUCAGUUACUACUCACUCCGAAUCUGGCACGACAAUAUUUGAAAUCGCUGAAUCCCACUGAGGUAGCCAACUGUGCUUCCAUGCACUAUCCAUCUAUGUCUUCGACCGUGAUCGAUUCUAACGAUGCCCAGUCCAUUGACACAUCUCGUUCACCUGGCACGCAUAAGAUUUCCAUUGUCAAUCAUCUGACUCAUCGACUGGAAGCGCAUUGGCUGCUGGCUUAUUUGGCUCCGAGGGUUUUGCGUUCCUUGGUUACUCUGAUUCAGCCGUUACCAGCCAAUCCGGUUGGACGCUCGAUUGUGGAUCUUUACCGAUUGUGGCUAAAGGACGGUUUGUUCAAUUCAUCGGCGUUCGGCACAACUAUGAACUUGUUUCAGGGCUUGUCAAAACCAUGCAUCGUAUCAGCUGUAGACGAUGCUUUGAGUGUCAUACGCGAUUGCGUAACCCUUUCCGACUCUGAUUCCCCGUACUGUUGGCCAGAGAACAUUGUACGCGAUGGCAAUCACAGUCUGAUGGAGUUCGGUCGGUCACUGCGCGGAUGGCGCGAAGAACUACAUGCAGCGGACUUGACAAACAAGACCAUCGGGUCUGCAACUCAACCGUCCGCUCCCUCGCCGUUAGCCAUAUCCGGUCAUCGAAAAAUGAGUUUACACGGUUUAAAACAGCAUCUACAAGAAAUAGCCAGCUCUUCCCCGUCAUCUUCCCGUUCUUCACGAGCCAUACCGCAAACCGAAUGGGAUCGUAAACGCCUCGCGUUUGUCACGUGGUUACGAACCGAACUGACUCAGUUGCUACCCACACCAACCUCGUUGCCCCUCUACGAGGUGUUCUACGGCUCAGUCGUUGGGGCACACGGAAUCGCACCGCUUCGGCGUAGAUUGAACCCACCAGUACAGCGCUGUUUGCACCGAACUCUCGUUAACCCCGCGGAGUAUUUGCACGUAUGUUUUCUAUUCGCUAAACGUGACUCAUAUAUGUAUAUUUUCACUUCUGCCAAAUCAACUAGCGAAGAUACAUGCGAAACUCAUUUUCCCAGUCUCGUUUAA